AUGAAGAAUAAGAAUGUGACCAGGAUCUCCACAAUCCACCUCCUAGGAUUUCAGACUCCGGACAAUGUUACAUUUUUGGUGUUUUUUAUUUUCCUUAUAACUUAUUGUGUUACUGUAAUGGGAAACCUCCUGAUUAUCUCACUGGUGUCCUACAGCAAAACCCUCCAUUCUCCCAUGUACUUCUUCCUCUCCCAGCUCGCUGUGUCGGAUAUCUUGCUGGCCACUGACAUCCUUCCAAAAACAAUCCAAGCAGUUUUGAUGAAAGAUACGGUGAUAUUAUUUUCUGAUUGCAUCUCCCAGUUUUAUUUCUUUUGUGCUGCAGAAAUGUUGGAUAGCCUUUUUCUGACUGUGAUGUCCUAUGACCGAUAUGUGGCCAUCUGUAAACCAUUGCAUUAUAGUUUCAUAAUGAACCACCGAUGUUGCUGUAUAGUGGUCAUUACCCUUUGGACUUUGACCUUUUUAAUUUUGCUGGUACAUCCUUUUUCCUUAUGUAGGUUACAAUUUUGUGGUCCCAACAUUGUUGACCACUUUUUCUGUGACCUGGAUCCAAUUCUAAAGCUUUCCUGCUCUGAUACAACCAUUGUUCAACUACAAAUAACAUUGUUAAGUGUUUUCCUUGUUGUCAUCCCAUUUAUUAUCAUUAUUGUAUCCUAUGUUUUAUAUUAUAAUCACCAUUCUUAA